UUCUUCCUCUACCCAACCACUAGUGCUGCUGGUGAUUUCGUGUUAGUUGGGCGCUGUAGCCACAGCGAGACGCAGAACGAGGACGUCAGUGGCUUUUCACGGCACAAACCCCGAGUCAGCCACUGCAUUAUAUCCCAUCCAAAAUCACAGCAAUGCGCAGGAAAUCUAGGGUAUUACUAUGUUUCGCUGUGCUUUGGUUUCUAGGCAUAGCGUAUUAUUUCUAUUCGGGGACAACGCUGAGUCGAAAGGAUGAUUGGAGUGGCAUUAAUUCGAACAGAAUUCAAUCACACAGCAAUGCAGAUGACAAAGCCCACAGCCUAGAGACCCUUCCUCCAGGGAAGGUUAGGUGGCAGGACUUUGACCAGGACCUGUACGUGGGAGCUACAGUGGUGAGGCCAGGGCAGGAUCCCUAUGCCCGCAACAAGUUCAACCAGGUUGAGAGUGACAAACUCAGAAUGGACCGCAGUGUCCCUGACACCAGACAUGACCAUUGUCGUCACAAACAGUGGAGGACAGAUCUUCCUGCUUCCAGUGUGGUUAUCACUUUCCACAAUGAGGCCCGUUCAGCCCUGCUGCGCACUGUGGUCAGUGUGCUGAAGAAGAGUCCUCCUCAUCUGGUCAAAGAGAUCAUCUUGGUGGACGACUACAGUGACAACCCUGAAGACGGUGCCUUACUUGGGAAAAUGGAGAAAAUCAGAGUCCUACGGAACGAUCGUCGAGAGGGCUUGAUGCGAUCCCGAGUCAGAGGGGCGGAUGCAGCCACGGCCAGUGUACUAACCUUCCUUGACAGCCACUGCGAGUGUAAUGAACACUGGUUGGAGCCCCUGCUAGAAAGGGUUGCUGAGGAUAAGACUCGGGUUGUGUCACCCAUCAUAGAUGUCAUUAACAUGGACAAUUUCCAGUAUGUGGGGGCAUCUGCAGAUCUUAAAGGAGGUUUUGAUUGGAAUCUAGUUUUUAAAUGGGACUACAUGACCCUGGAACAAAGACGAGCACGGCAGGGAAACCCCAUCGCUCCUAUCAAGACUCCCAUGAUUGCUGGUGGCCUCUUUGUAAUGGACAAGAACUACUUUGAGGAGCUGGGCAAGUAUGACAUGAUGAUGGACGUGUGGGGCGGUGAGAAUCUUGAGAUCUCCUUCCGGGUCUGGCAGUGCGGAGGCGGUCUGGAGAUCAUUCCCUGCAGUCGAGUGGGUCACGUCUUCAGAAAACAGCAUCCCUACACUUUCCCAGGGGGCAGCGGCACUGUCUUUGCCAGGAACACGAGGCGAGCGGCAGAGGUGUGGAUGGAUGAUUUUAAGAACUUCUACUACGCUGCUGUGCCCUCAGCCCGUAAUGUGCCCUAUGGCAACAUUCAGAGCCGGCUGGAAAUGAAGAAGAGGUUGGGCUGCAAACCGUUUAAAUGGUACCUGGAGAACGUCUAUCCUGAGCUACGGGUCCCUGAUCAUCAGGACAUAGCCUUUGGAGCACUGCAGCAGGGUCAGAACUGUCUGGACACACUGGGACACUUUGCUGACGGCGUGGUGGGGGUGUAUGAGUGCCACAAUGCAGGGGGCAAUCAGGUACCAAUCCGACCUCAGGAAUGGGCCCUGACUAAAGACAAAUCAGUCAAACACAUGGACCUGUGCCUGACGGUGGUGGAUCGCACCGCUGGCUCACAGAUCAAACUGCAGGGCUGCAGGGAGAACGACAGCAGACAGAAAUGGGAGCAGAUUGACAACAACUCCAAACUGCGGCAUGUGGGCAGCAAUCUGUGCCUGGACAGCCGGAGCUCGCGGAGCGGUGGUCUGACGGUGGAAGUGUGCAGCCCGUCGCUCACCCAGCAGUGGAAGUUCACUCUCAACCUCCAGCCGUAGCUUGACACGCCGAUCCCAGCCCUCCCCUUCUCGCACUCGGACAGCCUGUGCUGGGCACGCACUCGCCCCUCAGAGAUAAUCGCUGCCCGGACACAGACUCGGGGCCGCCACGGUGCGGUCUGGUGGUCCUCGAGGGCCACGGGGCAAUGAAAACACAAACAAGAUGAUGACUAUUUCCAUCUAACUAUAUACCUCACUGUUUCAUCUGUUGUCCAGCUUUUGGAAAAUGAAUCUUAAGUGUCUAAACUGUAUCGAAACCAUCUUUGGGAUUUUAUUUUCUUCGUUUUCUAAUGCAAAGGAUCAAUUUUUCGUUUUUCUUAAUUUUUGCCUUUUUGGGUCUCGUUUUCUUGAAUUCCGGGCCCUUUUUUUUUUUUUUUUUUUUUUUUACAAUGGACAUCCAUUGUUCUUUUUAUUUUUUUUGUCGCGAUUUCAAUCUUGUUGAAUGUAAAUGACAUUUUCAUGGAGGCUCCCUUUCUGAGCUGUGAUUGGUGACUGGAUUUUAGUUUGGGUUUGGUUUGUGGGCUCAUGGGAUUGAGGGCAGGACUCAUUUGUUGUGCACACCAUCACAGACACACUUUGAGGAGGACAGUGGCAACCUCGUGUUUUUCGUCUCUCGGUGCUCACUCAAAAAGAGCGGGGGG